AGCCCACACAAAACAUCUUCUAGAAUUGAGCUCUCUCUUGAGCUCUCGCCGCCGGCGAUGGAGGGAACGAGAAAGCCGGAAACGGAGGACCUUGAGGCCUCUCUCCUUCGCAUCGUCCACGAGCACCAGCAAGAAUCGCUCCAAAUCCGAGAGCAAGCAGAGAGAGCGAAGAAGGAUUCCUUGAGAAAUGCAGUGGUUGUGGCUGAGCUUCUCGUUGAUGCUGUCAAUGGCGGUGUUGAAGGCUUGUUCGUCAAUGAGAAGCGUAUUGAGUUUGAGAUCCGGGCGUUGGUGAUCACCAUCUUGCGCUAUAAAAAACAAACGGAUGCUUGGCUUGCUGCUUCUCAUGCUUUGAAUUCUGUUCUAAAGGAGAUUGGAGACUUUGAGAACUGGAUGAAGAUCAUGGAUUAUGAUUGUAAAAGCAUUAACGCUGCAAUUCGAAAUAUUCAUCGUUCCUGAAUGCAUCCAUCUGGUGAUAAAUUAUUUCUACUUCUCUUUGUUUCGAUCUUUUGGAAAGUCAAUUGUGGACUACUCUGUCUGAUGUAUGUUUUAUUGCACUGCUUUCAGAAGUAAAAUUUCUGUAGUUUCUGCUUGUUCUUA